UAGCUUGGAGCUCGUCGCUCCGACCGGUUCGGUUUCUCUCUUACGCGAUCCAAUAGAAUAAUAUAUCCGAUACAUAUUACAAGCCCCAGACAACAACACGAGCGAGCUUAGAUCUGUGCGCGUGCGCAACGUCCCACGCGAGAUAUUUCUUAGGCUGCCUGCUGCUGAGCUGAUGCUGCGCGGCUUUGAUCGUCCAGCUCUGAAAUUCGUUUCGUUUUUUAUGCAAAUUGGCAAAUGGAGAAGAAAUACGUAUCGCGUUUCGUCACAGUGUGAAAGUAAAAAAAGGUUCUUUGUGCAAAAAAAAUAGAAAUUUCCCCAGUUGCCCCGAUAUUACGAAAUACUUACGUUGCUACUCUGAGCCAUCAAGGGAAAGAGAUAAGAAUACAAAGUGUUUGAGGAGCAAAUAGAAAAGAGUUUUGCUUUUUGUGUGUGCGUGUUAAUUGAUUCGAAUUUCCAAAACCAUUAACAACAACAACAACAAAAACAACCACAACUGGGAAGUGUACAUUUUUGUAUUUGUUAAAUUUAACGGCAAAUUGUGGAUUUCUGUCGGAUUUCUUCUUCUUUUCGCCCGUUUUUGGAGCCAGAGGACUUGUAAGUCAUCUGGAGGACACUAGCAGCUCAGCUUCAGGACGACUUUUGGCAAAGCAAAAGCUGAAAAAGGACGAAAAAAUAGAAAAAUCCAUUCGCACACUGUGGCCAGGAAGGUAAAACCAAAUCGAACCGAAUGCAGUAUCUCAACUACGCGCUGCAGACAUCCACGCGACUGCUGACGUACCAGGGCCACCACAACCAGAGCAACCAGGACCUGUAUCCUGCCGGACGGCCUGCCACCGCCCACGAGGAGGAGAUCGCCCACGCCUGCUGCAGCCGCGGCGCCCAGCUGCUGAGACUGCGCCAACGGGAGCUGGCCAAGCGGCGCGCUCUCGAGGACCAGAUCAACGCCAACCAGCAGAACGAGGAGCAGGAGGAAGAGGAGGAGACGGAGCACAGCCAGGGACAGGAGCAAGAGCAGGAUCCAGAGUCGGAUCAGGGUGCCGUGGGCGGGGAGCAUCUGCCGCAGCAGCCAGUCCAAUGA